AUGGAAGGGUCGAUACCGAACCGUCCCGCGGAAAACGGCACGGCCGCGGACAGAAUCGAGCGACCGUGCAAGGAAUGCGCAUCACUCAAUCUCAGCAUCGAGAAGUUUGUAAUUGAAGACGACAAAGCAGCUGAGAUUCGCCCGUCGCUCGAUUCCCUGCGGUUGGCCAAUGAGCGAUUCCGUCUGGGGACUCUUGAUAAGAUCAGCGAGAGAGCAGCAACAUGUCCGCUAUGUCACCUCGUCGUAAACUCCAUCGGAAAGGACGUCUUGAAAGACGUCGACGCUACCAGGGCAGUCUGCCAUCUUACGUGGGAGAUGGACGGACGCUUGUCCGUUGACCCCAGACGUGCACUAGGAGAAAAGCGGACCCGUCGCCUGAGAGUCACCUGGAGCGAUACGUUGCUCAAGGCCUUCGAAUCUUACUUGGUGUUAGCAGCACCCAUCAAAUACGCGAACUCCGAUCUCGACUACCCCAAGCAGUUGAAUCGCGAGACGCAGUUUCUUGGCCGCCGCUUCGGCGCGACGGAGAACAAAAAGAAUCUCAUUCGCGAGUUUUUGAGGCUGUGUGAAACGAACCAUGAUCGUCGAUGUACCCAGAAGAUUGGCAUCGAGAACCCGUUUCUCGAAACGCUCAUGGAGCCAUACUUCGGCGUUAUCGACAUCGAGAAUGACCGCCUCGUUCCUUUGCCGUUCGACGAGACGAAAGAGCGUCUUCAGUUCGAGCCGUAUGCGGCUGUCAGCUAUGUUUGGGGAGAUACCGGUAGGAUGGACUACCGAACGAAGAUUGAGAACAUCCAGAGUCGAAGGAAAUCUGGUGGCCUCGCUGCCACCAUCCGGAAGCUACCAAAAGCACUUGUACAGAGUAUUCGGCUGGUACAUGAUCUGGGUAUCAGAUACGUUUGGAUCGACGCACUCUGUAUUGUGCAGAACAGCAGCCACUCGUGGAAUCUCAAUUCGCGAGCUAUGCAUCUCAUAUACGGCAAUGCGACACUGACGAUCUGCGCUGCGGACGGUGAUUCGCAAAGUGGUCUCCUGGCUCUUGACGAAGACCAGCGGCCUCAACAGCAAAUCGGAGUUUAUGCAGAAGGUGUGCACCUGAUCCUGCAUCAACCGCCUGAGAUCAGCAUCCAGACAUCGAAAUGGAACAAACGUGCUUGGACAUUCCAGGAAAGGCUGCUCUCCAAGCGGUGCUUGAUCUUCACCAGAGGCCAGAUCUAUUUUCAGUGUCGCUCUACUGGCAUGUCCGAAGACAUAUUUGCAGACGGAAGAGGUAGAGGCUGGUCGCUGGAUUUAGUGCAAGCUCCUCUUCAGAUGCUCACGGAGCUUAAGCGUCGCAGCAUGUGGUUUUAUGCCCACUGCGUGUACCUCUACACAUUGCGCGAGCUCUACGAACCGCUGGAUAUCCUGGCUGCAUUCAGUGGAAUGUGCAAGCUAAUGGAGGGCACAAUGCAAGCGCCUUUUGCUUUUGGGCUUCCGACAUCGCACUUUGACCUCGCCCUCUUGUGGGAGCCCGUCGACCUUUUGGCCCUGCUGGACUACAAUCGGGUAAAAGAAGAGCCAAAGUACAAAGACAUCAAGUUCCCAAGUUGGUCUUGGUGUGGAUGGAAGAGCGAUGGAAUCCAGUACAAACCCCAGAUGGUUGACGGUUGUCUCUCCGAUGUCCAUGCUUGGCUGUUGGAUCACACAUGGAUUGACUGGCACAUUAGAGACGGUCAUGGGACUUUGCGUCGCCUAUGGGACAGGGAGAACGCCGUCGCGGAUCGAAGCAUUGAUGAGAAAUGGACGGGGUAUAACGCAUCAGUAAGGCCAGCUGAUGAGUCGACUAUUCCUGACCCCAGUAUGAACGACGAUAAGAGCGAUACAGGGUCUGCUCCAAGCGUGACUGAUCUUCAUGACAACAACAGCAAUCUUCGGCGAACUCGUUCAGAAGGCAUUGAGAAUCGUCUGAGGGGGAACAGCUUUGGUAGCAGGAGCCUGAAGCGCAUAAACAGCCAACGUACCUUAGAUCGAGAGGCCAACCGUGGAGCUUACGACAGUUACGGGCGGCCGUUGAAAGGUGGUCCACUGGACGCAAUACAGUACAGAAAGCAGCUGGAGUUCAAUCUCACCUUACCCGAGGAUCCCUACCACGUAAGGAUAACAGCAGCCAGUCAACCUAUUGGUGGACUGAAAGAGUUUCCCGAUCAGCCAUUCCUACAAUUCUAUACCUGGCGAGCCUUUUUUCACGUGGUUCGCUCGAAUGAGACCGGCUUUGAAGGAGACGAUGUUGGAGCGACUAGGGCUCGCUGCCACAUCACAGACCGGCGCGGCGAUAAAUGCGGGUCCGUCAUUGUCAACAAAGAGUGGCUGGAAAAAUACGAAGCCACUGGCCAGACUACGUUUGAGUUCAUUGCCAUUUCCGAUGCCAAGUCAUUCAGUCAACAGGAGUUUCCGGUGUGGACGUAUUAUUUGCCGAAGGAGAGGGUUGAUUCCGAAUGGGAUCUGUACUUUGUGCUCUUAGUAGAACCAUUCCCCGAUGAAGGUAUUCAUCGUCGUGUAGCUCUUGGCAAAGUCUUCAAAGCGGCGUUCACGCUCGCAGAUGACGAGUGGAAGGAAAUCAUCUUGGGAUAG